CUGAUCAGACAGAGCUCACACAUACCAGAACAGAAGCACUGUUGAUGAGGAAGAUACUGUCAUCCUUUGCUAGGAUCGCAAGACCGUGUUCGCGGACUCCCUCUGGACUUGUCAGUCCACGAAGAUGGAUCUUUGAACAUGCACGCAGCGUUACGCCAACACGUACGCGGCAAUGCCUAUUGCAUGCUUCCCAGCACGUCGGCUCCAAAGGAUCUGCAUCAGCGGCCAGCAACACAUACACCGAACCCACGAUAUACGCGCUAUCAACCGCCCCUGGACGAGCUGCUAUUGCAGUAAUACGCGUUUCGGGACCCGCAAGUUUGCAAAUCUACCACGCGUUAUGUCCAGGCAAGAAACCACCUAAGUCGCGUGUGGCAACAGUGCGAACCCUGUAUGAUCCAAGCGGACCACCGUCUCAAGACUCCGUGCUAGACUCAAGCGCCCUCGUCCUCUAUUUUGAAGGACCGACCACGGCAACCGGUGAGGAUGUGCUGGAACUCCAUGUCCAUGGUGGCCCGGCUAUUGUUAAAGCCAUCCUUGCCGCUAUCUCGAGGUGCAGGACCUCAAGUGGGAGCAUGAUCAGAUACGCAGAGCCCGGAGAGUUCACUAGAAGGGCCUUCAUGAAUAAGCGGCUCGAUCUGACACAAGUGGAAUCAUUAGGAGACACACUGGCUGCUGAUACCGAGCAACAGAGACGACUUUCUGUUCGCGGCACCACUGGAAGCCUUGCGAAACAGUAUGAAGCAUGGCGGCAACAACUGCUGUAUGCGCGUGGCGAGCUCGAAGCUCUGAUUGAUUUCAGUGAAGAUCAGCAUUUCGAUGAGAGUCCCAGCGAGCUUAUGACUUCUGUCGCUGCGCAAGUGGAAGUGCUGCGCAAGUCACUCUUGAUCCACAGUCAGAAUGCCGUACGUGGCGAGCUUCUUCGUCACGGGAUCAAAAUCUCACUACUCGGAGCGCCCAACGCUGGCAAAAGUUCCUUGCUAAACCGCAUUGUCGGUCGCGAAGCGGCAAUUGUCAGUAACGAAGCUGGUACCACGCGUGACAUUGUGGAAAUCGGGCUUGAUUUGGGAGGCUAUCUCUGUCGUUUUGGCGAUACAGCUGGUUUACGACGCGCAAUUGAGGCAGAUCUGGGAAGUGGAAAAUCUGCCGAGAAGAUCAACCAAAUCGAGCAGGAAGGUAUGCGGAGGGCGAAGGCCAGAGCCGAGGAGAGCGACCUGGUCGUUGUGGUAUUCAGCUUUGAACAGACUGAGGAUGGUCGUAUCUGCCUCAACCUCGACCCCGAAGUCUGCCAAAUGGCCGAGCGUUUGAAGAGCGAAGGGAAGAACGUCGUGGUUGUCGUCAAUAAAGCGGACUUGGUCCAUGAUGGAACGAGCGUGGAUGUCGAUGCCAUACAACAUAUCAGGAAAAGACUGCCACUGGUAGCCGACGAGUCGAUCCAGGUCUUGUCGUGCCUCGAUACAGAUGAGGCGAGGAAUGCCUUACGCUCGUUUCUCAAAGGACUUGUCACAGAGUUCGAGAAGCUAACAGCAGCUAUCUCGCCCGAGCUCGGUAUCGACGGCCACAGCCCAGAUCAGUCAAUCUGGCAAGAAUCCCUGGGAGCGUCUGAGCGGCAUCGGUUGCUACUCGAUCAAUGCAUCGCCGCCCUAGACCAGUUCAUGUCAGAAGCACAAGUGGAAUCGAAGUCAACUAUGAACGAAGGCGAAGAAGCCGACAUAGUCCUCGCAGCAGAACAUCUACGCGCGGCAGCUGACUGUCUCGCCAAAAUCACAGGGAAAGGCGAAUCUGGCGACGUUGAAGAAGUGCUAGGAGUGGUAUUCGAGAAAUUCUGUGUGGGAAAAUGAACCAUAAUCAUUGCAUCGUUUCUGUCGUAUCUCAUAGCCUUCGCUGGUACAUUACACAAGAAAUCUCGAGCUCCACAUUAUCCACUCACAGGACGCAAUGGGGC